AUGCUACCACCAACGGCUAUGCAUUUGGAACAGAAAACCAGUACCGAAAAAGUAACAGGUACAGAACAACAAUACCAUCAUCAGUAUCAUAAUCACUACUAUCAUGAUCAACAUCAUCACCAUCGACAUCCACAGAAGCAGGAAGAUUAUCAUUCCGGUGGUCGUCGUAGUCGUCGCCAUCGUCGUCGCAGUAACGAUAAUCAUCACCAUCACCACCACCAUCACCACCACCACCAUCAUCAGCAGCACAAACAUCAUCAACAUAAUCAUCAAAACGAUCAUCAGCAACGGUUUCAUCGACGUCAUUCACGAGACACAGACUGUCAUCGCACCGUAUCACCAUUGCCCUCGUUAGCGAUACCGUGUAACGACAAUUCAGCUUCAUCCCAACAUACAAAUAUGUUUGCAGCAGGAAGGGAACGGUUUCCUUCGUCGAGUAGUACAGACGACGACCAAAGUGGUUCCGAUACGGAACAGGAUUCGAACGCGUUGCGUGGUAAAGUCCACUCCGGAGUACUUCAUCACUCGGGUACGCAUUCUGUGAGAAAACGACGAGGUAACUUGCCGAAGCAUUCGGUGAAAAUUCUGAAACGAUGGCUUUACGAGCACAGAUACAAUGCUUAUCCGAGCGACAGCGAGAAGAUCACGCUGAGUCAAGAAGCGAAUCUCACGGUUUUGCAGGUUUGCAAUUGGUUCAUAAACGCUAGGCGGCGAAUAUUACCGGAAAUGAUACGAAGGGAGGGCCACGAUCCUCUACAGUACACGAUAUCUCGUCGUGGUAAGAAAAUGCCAGCAGGAAGCCAUCAACAGUCGUCGAGUCUUGGCUCAAGAACUAACCAAAAUUGGGAUUCGUUGGCUGGAAUGAGUGCCCCGAAACGGAGCAGAGAUCACGACUACGAAGAUCCUUCUGGAUUAAUGUACCGAAGCGAAGAGGAUAGUCCGAACGAUUACGAGAGUAGCUCGCACAGCGAGGAAGAGCGUCCGACGACUCAAUGGCCCAGCGGAAUAGUUUACCCUUACUCAGCUUACGAGGAGACGAUUGCCCAUCCCGCGCGACGAGGAGACGAAGACGAAUCUUCGGUGAGAAACGAAGCGCCGUAUUGGAGCGCACCUAGGCAGCAUCUCAUUCAAACUCCCGACGUGCAACACGAAACGGAAGUGUAUAGUACGCGUAACGCUCAUAGUCCACAUACGGACGAGACUCCGCCACCGACGCCACCGGAGGAAGAUAAAGACAAGUUCAAGUGUCUCUACUUACUGGUCGAAGCAGCUGUUGCCGUGCGACAACAGGAAAAGGAACGCGAGGGAGCCGUACCGGUUUAACAAGA